AGUUCUGACAAUGUCUUUUCUUGGCCACUUUCAACUUCUUGUUUUUCUUUAUGCUCUGCUCCUUCUCUCAGCAGAAUCUCGCAAAACACAAGUAUUUCAUGAUACUGAAUCUAAUGACGAUGGUGAAGCAGGCACAAGAUGGGCUUUACUGGUGGCUGGAUCGAAAGGAUAUGAAAACAACAGGCAUCAGGCUGAUAUAUGCCAUGCAUAUCAACUACUGCGUAAAGGCGGUCUACAAGAUGAAAAUAUCAUUGUAUUCAUGUAUGAUGAUAUUGCCUUUAACCCUAAGAAUCCUAGGAGUGGAGUUAUCAUUAACAGACCCGGUGGAGAGAAUGUUUAUCAUGGAGUUCAUAAGGACUAUACUGGUGGCGCUGUGAAUGUGGACAACUUUUUCAGUGUGUUACUAGGAAACGAAAGUGGAGUCACAGGAGGAAGUGGAAAAGUUGUGAAAAGUGGUCCACUCAUAUACUAUGCGGACCAUGAGCUUACGGGUUCCUAUGUGUCAAUGCCCACUGGUGACGGACUCUAUGCAGAAGAUUUCAUCAAAGUUCUGGAGAAGAUGAAUAUCCUAAAAAGAUACAAAAAGAUGAUGAUAUAUAUCGAAGCAUGUGAGUUUGGGAGUAUGUUUGAUCACUUUUUGCAUGUUUACUCAGUGGAAAAUCUAUCCGCACUAAAGGGUGUAAACUGA